AUGACCACAUUACUUGCUAAACCUAUAGAAUUUAGACCUCACAUUAAACUCCCUAUCGUGGCUCACUGUACUGAUUUGAAAAUCGAUGCAGAUUUCCAUCAUUGUCCUCAUCUGUGGAGUCCAGUAGAUGUGGUGUCUCAACUUAACGAGUACCUGGCAUCUUUGAUUGUAUCCCAAUUGGAAUUUCAGUUUCCCAUGGUGUUCUCCACGAUCGCUAGAAACAGAUUCAAAUCGCAAGAGACAGAUAUAGGCCCCAUAUCUUACAGCUUGGUAUAUUCUUCAGCAUUAAUACCAAUUACAGUACAAUUGAUCGCUGGUGAAAGAACUGCUACAACGGCAUGCCAAUUGUUGAGGCCAAAGAGGCGAACCUCAAGAAUAGAUUUCCAAAUUUUGAAACAACCGCUCGAUUAA